GUUUACACGUGCUUUAGCUCUGUUUACCUCGACUCGGUCUAGCCAAUUGGAAUAGGAAUGCGCUUGUCUGAGGGACAACACGGCGACGACGACGAGACGCGCCAUUGCGACGAUUCAUACAUCUUAUCAACUACGCCCUUUUACGCCUCCGACGACAGGCUUAUAUUAUAACCAGUGAACCGAACUUUACAUAUCGAUUUGUUAUUGAGAAGCGACUACCAAGAUGGCUGCCCAGGCCUCCUACAAACCAUCUCCACUCUACUUCAACUCUCCUCGCACAUCUCCCUUCCGCCGCCCAGAAUCUCCGGCCUCACCAUCGCCGUUACGGAACUCAACCAACGCACCUUUGAAUGGCCCGGCGUCGUCGCCCUCGAAGCAAAUAAACACCCCCUCCAAGCUACACUCCAGUAUAUCCACACCAAGCACAGAUACCUGGACGCCCCGCGGCCUCGCACCUGUGACCACCCCGCGCCGUGAGCCAGAACGCUCGCCCACGCGCGGUGCAGAGUCCAACCCCCGAUCCGGGGCUAUGCUCACGGACCGAUUCGAAUCACAGAUCCGCUCUAGCCCGCUCAAGACCGAAUCAAGCCCUCAGAUCAGCCGCUCUGCUCAUACCUCCCGCAACAUGCCUGAUGCCAACGCCCUCUCAAAACUGCAACCUGGCCAGGUUCGCGAGCUCCGCGAAGGAUUCCAGAUCCUAGACCGCGAUAGCGACGGAAUCGUCAACCGCGAAGACGUUGCUGAUAUGCUGACACAGCUUGGGCUCCCGGCGUCUGCGUCCGACCUGUCGAGUUUCUUCCCUCCAAGCCAGUCGCAGACGAUGAUGAUGGCGACUUUCUUAACCCAGAUCUCAACCAUGUUGGCAAACCUCAGCCCGUCGGACGAGUUGCUGAACGCAUUUGCGGCAUUUGACGAUGAUGAUAGCGGCCAGGUCGAUCUAGCAGAGAUAAAGGAUGCGCUGCUACAUACGGCGCCGGAAGCAGGCGAGGAGAUGUUGACGGCAAGGGAGGUAGAUAGGGUCAUGAGUGGGUUCAGCGGAAGGAGAGCGUUUGGGAAGACGAUGGUGGCGGGCAAGAGAGGCGAGGUGUUUAAGUACCAGGAUUUUGUGUCAUCGGUUUCGGGUGGGAAUAGUAAGGACAACAAAGAGGGCCGGGACGAUUGAAAGGCUAUGUAACGAAAUACAAUGGGACUCGGAUGGAAAUUGGAAUGGUAUACGAUACCGAGUGGCGUUUGCGGGUUAUAUCUUGUAUAAAGGCUAGGAUAACAGUGCGGGGUGCUGCGACUUAUUAACAAACUAAGA